AUCUGCGUCUUUUUUCAGUUCUGUCUCUCGCUUUUCUUAUUUUCCCCAAUUUCUGUCUCUUCGUCUCUCUCUUUCUCAAACCCUAACCCUAAUAAAUCCUGAUCACAUCAAAUCACAGAGAGCACGAACCGUAACGAAAACCCUAGUUUUAUCCAAAAAAACAAAAACUAGGGUUGCAUCAUUCAAUGGCCGCUCAAACGGUUGUAAACAAUCUAUACGAAACGGCAUCACAACCUGAUACAGGGAAUGAUGCUUAUACCUUUCUAGAAUUCAAUACACAGGGUGAUGAAUUUGAUUAUCCUGAAUUUCGUGAACUUUCACAACCAAUUAGGGCAUCUGUCUGGUCUCCUACACCUGGUGCUCCUCCGUCAUCAGAUUCUGUAAUUGUCGAUCCGGUUGAAAGAAGUUCUUCUGAUCUUCAAACUGAAACAAAUCCUGUUUCUCCUGUUGCUGCUGCUUUAGGAGGAAGUUCUUCUAAGGUUAGAGGUGGUGGUGGUGGUAGUAGUAGCAGCAGCAGUAGUAAUAAUAAUAACCAGGCUGUGGUUGAUGCCUUGGCAUCAGGAAUGACUGGUUUGAGUUUUGAAGAAACUGGUGAUGAUGAGAAUUUUGAGUAUGGUAAAGGUGAUUUUACGGAACAUGCUUGUAGGUAUUGUGGUGUUCAGAAUCCAGCUUGUGUUAUUAGGUGUAAUGUUCCUUCCUGUAGAAAAUGGUUUUGCAAUUCUCGUGGAAACACUUCCGGUUCUCAUAUCGUUAAUCAUCUGGUUCGUGCAAAGCACAAGGAAGUGUGUCUUCAUAAAGAUAGUCCACUAGGAGAGACAAUUCUUGAAUGUUAUAAUUGUGGGUGCCGUAAUGUGUUCCUUCUUGGAUUUAUUUCUGCCAAAACAGAGAGUGUUGUUGUUCUACUCUGUAGAGAACCUUGUUUGAGUGUCAAUGCAUUGAAGGAUAUGAACUGGGACCUGAGUCAGUGGUGCCCCCUUAUCGAUGAUAGAUGUUUCUUGCAGUGGCUUGUUAAGAUUCCUUCUGAGCAAGAGCAGUUGAGAGCACGCCAGAUUAGUGCUCAACAAAUAAAUAAGGUGGAGGAGCUUUGGAAGUCAAACCCGGACGCAUCGUUUGAAGAUCUUGAGAAACCUGGAGUGGAUGAUGAACCUCAGCCCGUUGCUUUGAAGUAUGAAGAUGCAUAUCAGUACCAAAAUGUAUUUGCUCCACUAAUCAAACUUGAGGCAGAUUAUGAUAAAAUGAUGAAAGAAUCGCAAAGCAAAGAUAAUGUCACGAUUCGAUGGGAUAUUGGUCUCAACAAGAAACGUAUUGCGUACUUUGUAUUUCCAAAGGAAGAUAACGAAUUGCGACUUGUACCUGGUGAUGAGUUACGGCUUCGUUAUUCCGGGGAUGCAGCUCAUCCAGCAUGGCAGUCUGUUGGGCAUGUGAUCAAACUAACUGCUCAAGAAGAAGUUGCACUUGAGCUCCGUGCCAGUCAGGGUGUUCCUGUCGAUGUGAACCAUGGCUUCAGUGUUGAUUUUGUUUGGAAGAGUACCAGCUUUGAUCGGAUGCAGGGAGCAAUGAAAACUUUUGCUGUGGAUGAGACAAGUGUCAGUGGGUAUAUAUACCAUCACUUGUUGGGCCACGAAGUUGAGGUUCAGGUUGUCCGCAAUACACUACCUCGCCGAUUUGGCGCACCAGGCCUGCCAGAACUCAAUGCGUCUCAAGUUUUUGCUGUAAAAAGUGUACUUCAAAAGCCAGUAAGUUUAAUCCAAGGUCCUCCUGGCACGGGCAAAACUGUCACUUCUGCUGCCAUUGUUUAUCAUAUGGCAAAACAAGGCCAAGGGCAGGUCUUGGUCUGUGCUCCAAGUAAUGUGGCUGUAGAUCAACUUGCUGAAAAGAUUAGUGCAACUGGGUUGAAGGUUGUUCGUCUCUGUGCAAAAUCAAGAGAAGCUGUGAGCUCUCCCGUUGAGCAUUUAACACUGCAUUAUCAGGUCCGACAUCUUGAUACUUCUGAAAAGAGUGAACUUCACAAGCUUCAGCAGCUGAAAGAUGAACAAGGAGAAUUAUCAAGUAGCGAUGAGAAAAAGUAUAAGGCCCUUAAACGGGCGACUGAGAGGGAGAUAUCUCAGAGUGCUGAUGUCAUCUGUUGCACAUGUGUUGGUGCUGGAGAUCCUAGACUGGCAAACUUUAGGUUUCGUCAGGUUCUUAUUGAUGAGUCAACUCAGUCAACUGAGCCCGAGUGUCUAAUUCCUUUGGUUCUAGGAGUGAAACAGGUUGUUCUUGUUGGUGAUCAUUGUCAGCUUGGUCCCGUCAUCAUGUGCAAGAAGGCAGCUCGUGCUGGCCUGGCUCAAUCUCUCUUUGAGCGCCUUGUGCUCCUCGGCGUAAAACCUUUCAGACUGCAGGUUCAAUAUCGAAUGCAUCCAUGCCUCUCGGAGUUCCCAUCUAACAGCUUCUACGAAGGUACUCUUCAAAAUGGAGUGACCAUUAAUGAAAGACAAUCUACUGGUAUUGAUUUCCCUUGGCCCGUGCCAAACCGUCCCAUGUUCUUUUAUGUGCAGAUGGGGCAAGAGGAAAUAAGCGCUAGUGGAACUUCAUAUUUGAAUCGUACAGAGGCUGCAAAUGUAGAAAAGAUUGUGACAACUUUCUUAAGGAGUGGUGUGGUUCCUAGUCAGAUUGGCGUUAUAACACCAUAUGAAGGACAGAGAGCCUAUAUUGUGAAUUACAUGGCAAGAAAUGGUGCUCUCAGGCAGCAAUUAUACAAGGAAAUCGAGGUCGCUAGUGUUGAUUCGUUCCAAGGGAGGGAAAAGGAUUUCAUUAUCUUGUCCUGUGUUAGGAGCAAUGAGCAUCAGGGCAUUGGGUUCCUUAAUGAUCCACGUCGGCUUAAUGUUGCUCUCACUCGAGCUCGUUAUGGUAUCGUAGUUUUGGGAAACCCGAAAGUAUUAAGCAAACAGCCAUUAUGGAACGGCUUGUUGACGCACUAUAAGGAACACGGAUGCUUGGUGGAGGGGCCUCUUAAUAACUUGAAACAGAGUAUGGUUCAGUUUCAAAAACCGAAAAAGAUAUACAAUGACCGCAGACUUUUCUUUGGAACUGGUCCUGGAGUUGGAGUUGGUUCUAAUGAUAAUUUCGGUUCGUCAAGUCCCAAUGCUGAUAAGAGAGGCAAUCGUUCUAAAGGUUACAUACCGUCACCUAGUGGUCCCCAUAAGCCUGUUGUCCAUCCGGCAGGGUUUCCUGUUCCACGCCUUCCUCUUCCACCUUUUCAUGGUGGUCCUCAUUCUCAGCCCUAUGCUAUUCCAACUCGUGCUGCUGUUCAUGGACCAAUUGGAGCUGUUCCCCAGGUUCCUCAACCUGGGAGUAGGGGAUUUGGGGCUGGUCGUGGAAAUGCUGGUGGUCCUAUUGGUGGGCAUCUGUCUCACCAGCAAGGUUCACAACAAGCUCUUGGGAGUAUUGGCUCAGGUUUCAAUUUCCCUCCAUUGGACAACCCAAACAGUCAGUCAUCCGUGGGUGGUCCAUUAUCGCAAACUGGGCUUAUGACUCAGAUGCCAGUGCAAGGGCUCAGCCAGACAUUCCGUGAAGGAUUUUCUAUGGGUGACAUGUCACAGGAAUUCUUGGGUGACGACUUUAAGAGCCAAGGAUCACAUGUUGCUUACAAUGUUGCUGAUUUCUCCACACAGGCUUCUCAAGGCGGGUAUGAUUAUGUUGCACAAGGUGCACAAACUGGAUUUCCUGGGAGCUUUUUAAACCAAAAUACUCAGCCUGGAUAUUCACAUUUGGGUUCUGGAAAUGAUUUCAUUUCUCAGGAUUACAUGGCGCACGGAUCUCAAGGGCUGUUCACCCAAGUGGGUUUAACUGAUCCAUCGGCAGAUGAUUCUUCUCAGUCCCAUUUUGGUGUCCCAGGCCACAAUCCACUUCAGACACAGGGCUUAAUGAAUCCACUUUACUCCCAGCCCUUCACCCAUUAUAACACUACCCAGCCAGGAAAUAUGCAGCCUCCCCAACAGCAGCAGGGUCAGGGCCAGCGCUCACAAAACCAUAAGCAGCAGCAGCUCCACUACAGCGGCUGAGCCGCUGCGGGCCUCUGAUUAGUUGAUGGGUUAUACUCUUUUGCAUCCCAGCAGAUUGGUUAUGCUGUCAUGACAUGCAUGCUGUUUCGUAUCUGCCUUGACACAUGUUGAAGAAAAGAAGACAUCACCACAUUUUGAAGCUAUAUGCUUUUCUCCUAUUUACACAAUGGUGGUAGGUUGGAUUGGUUUUGGUGAAGUUUCAGAAGGCUUUUAAGUUGGUUGUUUUCGCAGACGGCUAAUAAUGUCACGAAGGGCUAUCAUGGGCAGCAUUGCCUGAGAGAUGAGGAAAGAAUAAACCCCCAUUCCUGCUUGAAGUUUUCUGUUAUUUUGAGGAGUAAGAAAUUUUGAAGGGAAGGAGCACUCUUUACAUGGUUGUUUAUAAAGAUGACGAUGACGACGACAAUGAAGGCUCAAAUGUGCUGUUCAUUUGUGCUUGUAGAAAAUAUGGGAUGGCAGGUCGAUCAGCCUAGCAAAAUAUUGUGUACAUAUAUAUUAACUGAUCAUUCCACCCGGCAAAAUAUCAACCUGGCCCCACCUUAAGAUUUACUUUAGAAGUGUCUCAAAAAUUUCUCCCAUGAAUUGUAUUUGGGGCUAUUUAGUGGUAUUUUAAAGUUCGAAACGAAAAACCUCUAUUUGAUGGAUGUGGCAUGUUACAUGAUAUAUCAGUAUUCUUUUUGGUGUA